AAAGACAGAGAGGGAGACGCUGCAUCAACCCGGCAUGCAGCAGCAAUAGCAGGCUGUGCUUUGGGAUCCAUUGUUCCAUGUCUUUCCACAGCCGGAGCGUAUUCCUUCCCAUUAAAACAACACUGCAGAACAAGCAAAGAGAAGGACAGAAACAUUAAGGGAUCCCAGCUUUGUCUGACCAGGAUUAUUUCUAUUUGGGAACAUUGUUGUGGACAAAGGAGGAACCACACUUCAGCUCUUUGCUGUUAUCCAGGCUUGCAAUUGACUGCAUUGGGAAGUACGCUCUGGCAGCGUGGUGGCCAUGGGGCUGCCUGGCGGAGCUCGACUUGUGCUGGGGGUUUUAAAACAACCAGCGUGCCUCUUCCUCUGGAGGUUAUCGCUGCUCUUUUUCUCCAUGUGGGCACUUGAUGCACAAACCACUGUAGAAACUAAACCCUUAUACAUCUGGCAAACAGGUCCUUGGGGUCGGUGUAUGGGAAGUGAGUGUGGACCUGGAGGCAGCCAGAGCAGAGCAGUUUGGUGCGCCCAUUCUGAAGGAUGGACAACCCUCCAUACAAACUGUGACCAGACAGAGAGGCCAGACAACCAGCAGAGCUGCUUCAGAGUGUGUGACUGGCACAAAGAUCUGUACGAAUGGCAGCUUGGUGCUUGGAACCAAUGUGUCCCAGUGAUGAUGCGCAGUGCUGGAGUGCAGCGGCCAACAGUGUGCACACGGGGAGAGGAGGGCAUUCAGACACGGGAAGUGGGUUGUGUUCAGAAAUCUGAUGGCGAGCCUGCGGAGGAUGUAAUUUGUGAAUACUUUGAACCGAAACCAAGGCAGGAACAGGCCUGUCUCAUAGCGUGUCCUCGGGACUGUGUGGUGUCUGAGUUCAGCCCGUGGACUUCAUGUUCUAAAACAUGUGGGAUUGGCUUACGGAAUCGGAUGCGCUUUGUUCUGGCACCACCACUGUUUGGUGGGUCUGCCUGUCCAAAUUUGACUGAAUUUCAGACGUGUCAGCCUGGCCUGUGUGAGGGAGAGGAAAACCUUUACAGCCUCAGAGUUGGACCUUGGGGCUCCUGUUCUGUACCUUUGCCAAGAAUAACCAGACAAGCUGAAAAACCACCGAAAGAGAGCAACAAGAGAUCUAGAGAAAGUGACAAAUCUGCUAAAGAGGCCAGCAAACAGCCAAGAGAUGGUGAAACACCAUCCAGAAGAGGUGACAAACAGGCCAGAGAAGACAGCAAACAGACCAUGAGAGAAAGAAAAAAGAUGAGAGAUGAUGAAAAACAGUACCAAGAAAAGGACAUAAAGUCCACAGAAGGUGAGGAGAAAGUGUCCAAAAAUGGUAACAAACAAUUUUUGAGCAACAGAAAAUUGGUCAGAGCUAAUAGAAAACAGGGCAAGGCAUUCAGACAGGCAGAAAGACAGAAAAAGAUUAAAAACAAGGCAAAAAAAGAGAAAAUGAGAGAGAAAAGCAAAGGAAGAUUGAGAGAAAAGGGGAAAACAAAAGACCCAGAGACCAGAGAGCUAAUCAAAAAGAAGAGGAACAAGAAUCGCCAGAACCGCCCAGGAGGAAGAUUCUGGGAUCUGCAAGUUGGCUACCAAACCAGAGAAGUGACCUGUGUACACAAGAGUGGGACCAUUGAAGCUCUGAGCUUUUGCUCUCAGGAGACACUGCCAGUGACUUUUCAGGCCUGCGUGAUUCCCAGAGACUGUGAUGUGACUGAGUGGUCUGAGUGGUCAGCUUGCUCCAAGCACUGCUACGACCCCAAUGGGGCUAAAGGGGAGCGCAGUCGCAGUAGGAAAGUGAGCCAAUUCCCAAUCGGCGGGGGAGUGGAGUGCCCAGAACUUGAAGAAAAAGAGCCGUGCAGCCCCCAGGAUGGAGCAGUUCCUCCAUGCACUGUCUACACCUGGAAAACAACAGAGUGGACAGAGUGCAGGGUGGACAUGCUGCUGAGCCAGCAGGAUCGUCGACGUGGAAACCUGACAGGCUUGUGUGGAGGUGGAAUCCAGACACGCGAGGUCUACUGUGUGCAGGCCAGUGCUGUUGCUCCACCUAAUCUCAGUUCACUGAGGAGUAGAGAAGGUUUGCGGCCAGUGGACAGUGAACUGUGUUUGGGGGUUCCUCCAAAUACCACACAGCUCUGCCAUAUCAGCUGCCCUGUGGGGUGUGAGGUGUCUUUGUGGAGCGCUUGGGGACCUUGCACUUUUGAGAACUGUCAAGACCAAACCACUAAGAAAGGUUUUAAACUGAGGAAGCGAAGGAUCAUCAAUGAGCCCACUGAUGGGACAGGAAACUGUCCUCAUCUAGUGGAGGCCAUACCAUGUGAAGACCCCAGCUGCUUCGAGUGGCUUGUGGUUAAACUGGAGGAAUGUGUCCCUGACAAUGUGAAGGAGUGUGGUCCUGGUACGCAAAUUCCCCAAGUCCAGUGUAUCAACAGUGAUGGUGAAAAAGUGGAGAAGCAGCUGUGCCGGGAUGCCAUCCUUCCAAUGCCAACCAUCUGUGAGGUGCCUUGCUCCAAGGACUGCACUCUAAGCCCUUGGACUCCCUGGUCAUUUUGCUCCCACACCUGCUCUGGAAAAAACACAGAGGGGAAGCAGACCCGAGUGCGUUCUAUACUUGCUCAUAAUGCAGGAGAAGUGACUGCUAAGGUUGUGGCAUGGGUUUCUGUGAUGCAGGGAGGACUCCAGUGUCCCAAUGUCAGUGCACUGCAAGAGACGAGGAACUGCAAUGAGCAUCCAUGCACUGUGUAUCACUGGCAAACGGGUUCCUGGGGGCAAUGCAUCGAGGACUCUUCAGGUCCAAACACUAACACGUCUUUGGGGAGAACGCGCGGUGAUGACAUCUCAUGUUCAGUGGGAAUGCAAACCCGCAAAGUCAUUUGUGUCCGGGUCAAUGUGGGCCAAGUUCCUCCUAAAAAGUGUCCAGAGAGUCUCCGUCCAGACACAGUAAGGCCGUGCCUGCUUCCCUGCAAAAGAGACUGUACUGUCACCCCAUACAGCGACUGGAGCCUCUGCCCCCCGGCGUGUCAAACAGGUGAGAAGUCAAAGAGUAAGCAGUAUAGGAAGCGGAUGAUCAUUCAGUUACCAGCUAAUGGAGGACAGGACUGUCCUGAGAUUCUGAGUCAGGAAAGAGAGUGUGAAGCACCAUCCGUCUGUCAAGGCUACAGAUGGAAAACCCACAAGUGGCGUAGAUGUCAGCUUGUUCCAUGGUCUGUCCGACAGGACACCCCUGGAGCUCAGGAGACCUGCGGUCCAGGCAUACAGUUUCGAGCCGUUUCUUGCCGAAAGCUGGACGGUGGGCAGGCAGACGUUGAGGUUUGUCUCAAGCUUGCCAGCCCCAUGCCUCCUCUCACUCAGCUCUGCCAUCUUCCAUGUCAAGAUGACUGUCAGCUCAGUAGCUGGUCCAAGUUUUCCACCUGCACAGCUGACUGUGUGGGCGUCAGGACCCGCAAGAGGAUACUAGUAGGAAAAAGCAAAAAACGUGAUCAGUGCAAAAACAACCAGAUGUAUCCUCUGAGUGAGACACAGUACUGUCCAUGUAAUAAAUACAAUGCCCAGCCUGUGGGCAACUGGUCAGACUGUAUUCUACCUGAGGGCAGUCGCUUGGAGAGCCAGCCUGGUGUGAGGGUGCAGGGAGACAUGAAGGAGUGUGGCCAAGGAUACCGCUACCAAGCCAUGGUGUGCUAUGACCAGGACAACCGCAUAGUGGAAACGUCUCGCUGCAACAGUCAUGGAUAUAUCGAGGAGGCUUGCAUCAUCCCCUGUCCAUCUGACUGCAAAUUAAGUGAAUGGUCCAACUGGUCACGUUGCAGCAAGUCAUGUGGCAGUGGGGUCAAAGUUCGCUCUAAGUGGCUCAGAGAAAAGCCAUACAAUGGUGGAAGACCUUGUCCCAAACUGGACCAUGUGAACCAGGCUCAAGUGUAUGAGGUGGUGCCCUGCGUCAGUGACUGUGGACAGUAUGUCUGGGUGACAGAACCUUGGAGUGUAUGGAAGGUCAGCAGUGUGGACCUGAAGAGUAACUGUGGUGAAGGUGUGCAGACUCGAAAAAUCAGGUGUAUGCUCAACACAAUAGAUGGCCCAUCAGAGCAGGUGGAGGACUACCUCUGUGACCCAGAAGAGAUGCCUCUGGGAGCCCGGAACAGCCGCCUGCCCUGCCCUGAGGACUGUGUGCUGUCAGACUGGGGAGCCUGGAGCGCAUGUCCUCUGCCCUGCAGUGAGAACAGUACAAGGGUCCGGACUGCUUUCCCACUCCGGAAGCCAGGAAAGGAGAAGAAAUGUCCUCCGACUAAAGAAGCUGAACCGUGUAAAAUCAACAGCAACUGCUUUCACUACUCAUACAACAUCACAGACUGGAGCACCUGUCAGCUCAGUGACAGAGCGGUUUGUGGAUAUGGCCUCAAAACCCGCAUGCUUGACUGUGUGCGAAGUGAUGGGAAAUCUGUAGACCUCAGUUUUUGUAAAGAGCUGGGUCUAGAACGGAAGUGGCAGAUGAAUGCUUCCUGUGUGGUGGAAUGUCCUGUCAACUGCCAGCUGUCUGAAUGGUCACCAUGGUCGGAGUGUACACACGCCUGUGGCUUGGCAGGUACAUUGUGGAGAACACGAACUGUAAUUCAGGCCCCGCAAGGUGAUGGCAGGCCGUGCCCGUCCCAGGUGAAACAAUGGAAGCCUUGUCUAGUAAAGCCAUGCUACAGCUGGCGAUACAGCGCCUGGUCAGACUGCAAGUCAGAUGGGGCGAGGUGUGGGGAAGGGAUGCGCUUCAGGAACUUGUCCUGCUUUGUGUCCGAUGGUUCCGGUCAGCAGGACAGCAGCGUGGUUGAUGAUGAGCUUUGUGCAGAUGUGGAACUUUCAGUGAAUGGACACAAACAAAUUAUUCUGCAGGAGCUUUGUACUGUCCCCUGUCCAGGAGAAUGCUACCUGACAGAAUGGACUGUCUGGAGUCCAUGUCAGUUAAGCUGUGUGAGUGGGGAUGACCUGGGUUUUGGCUCAAUCCAAGUUCGAUCCAGAGCUGUAGUUGCUCAGGAUCCUGAAAACCUGCUUGAGUGUCCUGAACAAGAACUAGAGGCUCGGCCAUGUGCAGGUGGGCAGUGUUUUGAAUACAAGUGGAAGACUGGAACUUGGAGAGGUUCGUCCCGUCAUGUCUGGUGCCAGCGCUCUGAUGGGAUGAAUGUCACAGGUGGUUGUCUGGCAGCAGCCAAGCCAAUGGCGGAUCGAUCUUGUGAACCUCCUUGUACUAAACCAUGGUCUUUGUGCACAGAGGCAGGUGUGUGUGGCUGUGAAGAGGGCUACACUGAAGUGAUGACAUCUGACGGUGGGUUGGAUCAGUGUACUGUCAUCCCAGUGCUGGAGAUCCCAACUGCAAGUGACAACAAAGCUGACGUGAAGACCAUCCGAGCUUACAACCCCGUUCAGCCUGCAGCCAGCGCGCCAGGCAGAGCAGGGAGAACCUGGUUCCUGCAACCCUUUGGUCCAGAUGGGACCCUGAAGACGUGGGUGUACGGAGUUGCAGCAGGAGUGUUUGUUUUACUCGUCUUUAUCAUUUCAAUGACAUACUUAGCCUGCAAAAAGCCAAAGAAGCCACAGCGACGGCAGAUGAACAACAGACUGAAGCCUCUGACUCUGGCCUAUGAUGGAGACGCCGACAUGUAGAAGUCUUCCUUCUUUCAGACGUACUGUACAAAAUUCUGUCCUUGCUUGGGACACAGGGUUGCUGGUAAUACCCGUUAAUGUCAGGGUCACUACUGGACAUUGGUCAGCAAAUAUGCAGAUUAAGUUUCAGACAGAAAAAGAAACCACUGAGCUCAAGACAUUACAACUCUGUGUUUAUUAGCAGCUUUGAUGUUUCCAUUUUAACAUUUUAAAUGUAAAUUUUUUGAAAAGAGCCUUCAUGACUCCACUAUCUUCCUCUGGAAGUCUGCCUUUGUUUCUCUGACAUCUGCUACCACCAACUGCAUUCAGAACUUAUUCAGUGUGGAGGAGGAAACCAGAAGAGAUUUGCUAUAAAAGCACAAAUAUUCGUUAGUUGUUCAUUUCUUAACAGCUUAGAUGCAUGGUCUUUGCUCCACCUUUGCUCUUGGUCCUUCAAAGAACAUUUUGUCUUCUCGUAGUCAUUGCUUGAUGGACGGAACUGAAAUGUAAAAAUUUCACCAAAAAAAGGAAAGCGGGCCCAAAGGAUCCUCGAGCUGCCGUCAUUCUGCCUGCCUCUCCCUUCUUAUUUCCAGGCGUGAUUUUGCACUAUAUUAGUGCAGCAUGAUAUAUACUUAUGUCUCGCUUUGCCAUAUGAAAACUGCCUCUCUCAAUACAAGAUGAUGUACAACUCUUGUGCUAGAAAUGUACAAAAAUACCUUUUUGCUAACAGAACUUAACAAUGUUUGAUAAUUUUUUUGUAAUACCUCUUGUAUGUUGUAAAACAGAAUUUUGUAAAUAGAUUUUUCAGUGAUUUCACUUUGGCUAUCUAAUACACAAUGUACUGCUCUAUAUCCAAAGCUCUGUUGGAGCCUUUAUUUAAGCUGGUAACUGUGACUUUACAUUAGGAUGUUUUUACCAUUUUAGGAAAUUUAAGUUACAUUAAUAAAAUCCCCUUACCCAGUUGAAACUACUAGACUAAAAAUCUCUCACUAAUCUAUACAUUUCUGAUCAAAAUCUUACGAAAGGGCAACAUUGUUUGCAUUUUCUGCAAAGGUUUUCUGUGGGAGUUCAUUCAGGAUAAUGUGCAGGAUGAUCCAGGAUGAUAACUGAACUGUAGUCAGAAUUAGUGAGGACCUUAAUUUGCAAAGGAUUAGCUUGUGUCUUCACAGACAAUAGAACAUCCAGCUCAUUGCAGAUGAAACCUCUGUAGGUCUACCUUUAGACUUUUUUGUCCCAUAGUGUUUUAGAGGUUUAUAAUGAAUCUCUUACUACAUCCAGCUUUGGCAGUCAUGGCACUUUGUGAGACAAACUUGCUUGAGAAGCUCAACAAUCCUGCCACAUCCAAAGACAGAACGUCUUCCUACUUUUGUCUUCCUGACAAAAGCAGGAAUAGUUUUGUCAGGACGGAAAUGAAAAGUAGGAAUACUUUUGUCAGGGGAACUUGACAAUGUAAUGAAAAUGACAUAAAAAACCCCCAGAUAUUAACUGUUUGAGGCAGGUCUGAAUAGGAUUUUAUACUUUUGACCAUCUGACAAUUUGGUCUUUUUGAGCUGAAAUGCAAAUUUACCUCUUUUGCCCACAAUGUUUGAUGAUAACAUUGUGGGGAAAUUCUAUUAUUUGCCCACAAUAAGAAGUCUCUUGCUUCUGUGUUUUGAUGUUGCAUAUUGCUGCUCUUAAAGAGACCAUCAUUCACCUUUGCAUGAAAUGUGAAUAUUUCAAAAUUCUUUCUUAACGUUUUAACCAGAAAUGGAUCCCAGGUUCAGUUUUCACAAGUUUUUCUCUUUUCUUUAUUUUAUUUUUAAAACAUAGUUGUUUAUCUUUGAUUACUUUUUCUGCUAUUUAAAGAAGACCCAUUAUGCAAAAUGUACUUUAUGAUUCCUGCUAUUGGAAUUACAAACUGCUACUGAAGUGGGCAGUAGCACUUUAUUAUCAUAAAAGUGACAGCAAUAAAACAGCUCAUUCUUAAAGGAGUUCAAAGUGGACAGAACUAAGCAGGUCAAUUAUCAUUGUCUUAAAAGGAUUUUGUGCAAAAAAUGUAAAGAACAUUGUCUGUUUCGGCCAUAGAUCAAUGUUUCUCAAUUUCGGUCCUAAGGAGCCACUGCCCUGUGUGUUUUACAUGCAUUUUUGUUCCAAAACACCUGAUUCAAAUGAUAAUAUGACCUCCUUUGCAUGUUAUUCAGAGCUGCAGAAGCCUGUUUAUCACCUACUGGUUCCAGUCAGGUUUGUGGCAGAAGGGGAACACCUACAGCAUGCAGGGCUGGGUCUCUGAGGACCAGGACUGAGAAACACCGCCACGCAUCCUCUCAACCAUCAGUUUGUACUUUGAAUAAAUACCCAUUUAUACUUCAAUCUGCAUUUAUAAUCUGUCUAUCAAAGAAAUUACUGCAUUUAGCACAAAAAUUUGAAUGAAAAGACAUACUUUACAGUUUGUAGUAGUAAAUUAAUAAAUGACUGAAGCCCAGUUGCAAGUGUUUAAAAAAAUUGAAACACUGGAUGUUAAUGGAGGGGUGUUCUUCUGGUAUUAUUCAUCUUGUAUCAAAGACAGUGUAACCUACAGAAAGCCUUUAUGGCAGGGUUUUUUGUUAAUCUUUAAGAUCCUUCAGUAGAAAGAGUGGUAAUUAAUCAAAAAUAACAUGCUGAACAUGUUUGUUUCUCUUCCAAAUGACAGUGCCCUUAAUUUUAAACAAUAGUUUUAAAAUACAACUCUUUGCAUUCCGAAUGGUCAUUCAUAACACUCCAGUAAUCCAAAAUAUAACAAGUUACUUUGAGGUGUUAGGAAGGAUUACCGUAUAUUGUUUUGUGGAAUGUGUACAUGGAAUGUUUAAUUUAUUUUUUUCUAAGCUUAUUAUUUGUAAAUAAUGGUUUUAUUCUCAAUUUUAUUUAUUACUAAUGUAACACAAUGUUUCUUUUUGUACUGCACAACAUGUUUCACAUGAAGGCAAUUGACAGAAAAAACAGGAGUGAAUGUGGUUGUAAAAGUGAAAAAGCUACCUUGUAAAAAAGUUUCUUCUAAACUUCUCUUUCCUACUGUUUCUUUAUAUGUAUUUGAUUACCUACUGAUAAUAAACAAUCAAAAA